AUGGUAAGCUAUUAAUCCAAAGUAAAUCAAGAAAAGGGAAUAUUGUUUUGUGUGCCAUUCCAGAUGCAUGGGCUACUUCCACUUUCUUUUUGCCUUUGUUGACAGAAUAAUUUUCUAUGACAUUAUUUUUGAGAUUAGGGUGGAUUCAUAUAUAGAGCCUAGUCUAUAUUUUGUGAUAAUAUAGAACAUAUUAUAAACACCAUUUACAAGUGGUUAAUUAAAUGGGUGUUUUAAACGCUGCUUUGUUUGAGCAUUCACCUUGGGUGCAUCUCAAUAGCCUAAAGUGGGUUCCUCUGCUCGCCGCUCUCCCUUCGCCUGUAGUCUAGUGAUUUCAAAGAACAUGACAGACAGGUAAGAUUAAAAUCCACAUGCUGUGUCUGGAUUUAUUUUACAGUUUAGUUUUCAGACAUUGCGCAGAUGAUGAGGAGGAGACGGAGAGAGGAAGACAGUUACUUUAUUGAGACAUACCCCAGCCUAUCCUUGUCUCCCUGGAGGUCAUGGACACAUUUCAUAUCCUUGCCUACCUGGAGGUCUUUGACACAUUUUACCACACCUGCAGGAUAACAAUUUAUACAUAUAAGCCUACUCAUAUUUCAGAGGUGUAUCAUAAGAUUUACUUACUGUAAAUUAAACACAGACACAACAUAUUGUCAAAUAGAUCAUAAUUUUAAUUUGAGUUUUCAGAACAACACAGUUCAAUCAAAUGUGGAAUUGAUUUGACAAAUACAUUAUAUUUGAAAGGGUAUCAUUUUUAUCUUCCUAUUUUGUUGAAUAAAAACAGCCAUAAAUAUCACCCCAUGCAUUAUUUUGCUGUUGCCAACAAUGAAAAAAAGUAUUUAAAAAAAUACAUUCCUUGACAGCUGCUUGGUUUACAGUUCUUCCUUUUUUAGAGUGCUAAAUUUCAGCCUUGACCUCAGGGUGAAGUUGCCCCUAUAAAUGCUGAUCUGGGGCCAGUUUAAUGGUUAAGGUUAGGAUUGGGGGAGGGGGAGGGGAAGCUGAUCCUAGAUCUGUACCUAGGGGAAACUUCACCCCGUAGCGAAACACAUUCUACCUCUUCCUCUGGCUAAAAAAGAUCAUCUCUUAAAUCUCAAGGGAGUUUUGUUUCAUUGUUUAUAUUAUAUUGUGUGUGACAUCUUCAACAUUUCUGAGGAUGAUAUCAAUAUCUUGAUUCAAUUAUGAGAUCUUCCUGAAUAGUGGUGACAGUUACAAGCAGGAGGCUCAUUAUAUUUACAAUAAACAUGGUGUGAUGGUGCAAUAUAUGCUGUAUCCAGUUCAUAUGUUUUUCAACCCAGUUCAUAUGCGUUUUCAACACAAAAUACACAGUUUUGUUAUGAUGUUGAAAACUUUGCCAGCUCUUUGGCAAAACUGUAUGAAAAGUGCUUUAUCAAUAAAUAUACACUACCGUUCAAAAGUUUGGGGUCACUUAGAAAUGUCCUUGUUUUAGAAAGAAAAGUAAUCUUUUAUGUCCAUUAAAAUAACAUCAAAUUGAUCAGAAAUACAGUGUAGACAUUGUUAAUGUUGUAAAUGGCUAUUGUAGCUGGAAACGGCAGAUUUUUUAUGGAAAUCUACAUAGGUGUACAGAGGCCCAUUAUCAGCAACAAUCAGUCCUGUGUUCCAAUGGCACGUUGUGUUUGCUAAUCCAAGUUUAUCAUUUUAAAAAGGCUAAUUGAUCAUUAGAAAACCCUUUUGCAAUUAUGUUAGCACAGCUGAAAACUGUUGUGCUGAUUAAAGAAGCAAUAAAACUGGCCUUCUUGAGAGUAGUUGAGUAUCUGGAGCAUCAGCAAUUGUGGGUUCGAUUACAGGCUCAAAAUGGCCAGAAACUCAUCAGUCUAUUCUUGUUCUGAGAAAUGAAGGCUAUUCCAUGCGAGAAAUUGCCAAGAAACUGAAGAUCUCGUAUAACGCUGUGUACUACUCCCUUCACAGAACAGCGCAAACUGGCUCUAACCAGAAUAGAAAGAGGAGUUUUAUUUAUUUCUAUUUCACCUUUAUUAACCAGGUAAGCCAGUAGAGAACAAGUUCUCAUUUACAACUGCGACCUGGCCAAGAUAAAGCAAAGCAGUGCGAUAAAAACAACAGCACAGUUACACAUGGGAUAAAACAAAACAUACAGUUAAUAACACAAUAUAAAAUCUAUAUACAGUGUGUGCAAAUGUAGUAAGUUAUGGAGGUAAGGCAAUAAAUAGGCCAUAGUGCAAAAUAAUUACAAUUUAGUAUUAACAGAGUGGGAGGCCCCGGUGCACAACUGAGCAAGAGGACAAAUACAUUAGAGUGUCUAGUUUGAGAAACAGAUGCCUCACAGGUCCUCAACUGGCAGCGAAGAGGUGACUCCAGGAUGCUGACCUUCUAGGCAAAGUUGCAAAGAAAAAGCCAUAUCUCAGACUGGCCAAUAAAAAUAAAAGAUGGGCAGUCUGAGAUAUGGCUUUUUCUUUGCAACUCCACCUAGAAGGUCAGCAUCCCGGAGUCGCCUCUUCACUGUUGACGUUGAGACUGGUGUUUUGCGGGUACUAUUUAAUGAAGCUGCCAGUUGAGGACCUGUGAGGCGCCUGCUUCUCAAAGUAGACACUAAUGUAUUUGUCCUCUUGCUCAGUUAUGCAGCGGGGCCUCCCACUCCUUUUUCUAUUCUGGUUAGAGCCAGUUUGCGCUGUUCUGUGAAGGGAGUAGUACACGGCAUUGUACGAGAUCUUCAGUUUCUUGCCAAUUUCUUGCAUAGAAUAGCCUUCAUUUCUCAGAACAAGAAUAGACUGACGCGUUUCAGAAGAAAGUUAUUUGUUUCUGGUCAUUUUGAGCCUGUAAUCGAACCCACACUUGCUGAUGCUCCAGAUACUCAACUAGUCUCAAGAAGGCCAGUUUUAUUGCUUCUUUAAAUCAGCACACCAGUUUUCAGCUUUGCUAACAUAAUUGCAAAAGGGUUUUCUAAUGAUCAAUUAGCCUUUUAAAAUGAUAAACUUGGAUUAGCAAACACAACGUGCCAUUGGAACACAGGACUGAUGGUUGCUGAUAAUGGGCCUCUGUACGCCUAUGUAGAUAUUCAUUUUUUUUUUUUUAUCAGCCGUUUCCAGCUACAAUAGCCAUUUACAACAUUAACAAUGUCUACACUAUUUCUGAUCAAUUUGAUGUUAUUUUAAUGGACCAAAAAAUAGCUUUUCUUUCAAAAACAAGGACAUUUCUAAGUGACCCCAAACCUUUGAAAGGUAGUGUAUAUUUAUUUAAUUCACGCUCCAUCUCUCUCAGCCUGAGAAGAACAGUCGGCUGCGUCAGGUUCAGGAGGAGGCGGAGGAGGUGAAGGUCAUCAUGAUGGACAACAUGGAGAAGACCGAGGCACGCAAGGAGAAACUGCAGGACCUUGACGAAAGGGCUGAGGAACUGAAGUUAAAGGUGAGAGUGGGUUAGCAUUUUUUAUUUUAUUCUUUUAAAUACAUACACUUGCACUGAUACAAUUUUUAUUCUGAUCACUGAUCUGAUCCAAUUCAAACAUUUAUUUUUACAGUGAAUAUCACUUUUUAAUAUAAAAGCUGUUCAGACCUCACUCUGGCCAAGCCUGCCACUAACCUGAGGUCCUUUUUGGUGUUUUGUCAGAACGGUGAAUUUUGACUUUAGUGCUUGAUUGGUUUGUUUGUUUAGAGCAAGUCCUUCCACAAGACAUCAAUUAAGCUAAAGGAGCAGAAGAAAUGUGACAACAUCAAGGCCAAUUGGAAGCUCAUUGCUGUUGUUGCAGCCUCUGCCAUAAUUAUCAUCCUAGUUGCAAUCUUUAUGUUGGUCAACAGAUCUAGCCCUGAAAACACACAUGAUAUAGGCAUUACCCCAACGCACGAAGGAGGCAUUACCCCAACGCACGAAGGAGGCAUUACCCCAACGCACGAAGGAGGCAUUACCCCAACGCACGAAGGAGGCAUUACCCCAACGCACGAAGGAGGCAUUACCCCAACGCACGAAGGAGGCAUUACCCCAACAACCAUUGGGCCUGGGAAGUCGGCUAUAGCCUAG